GGCUAUGUCCGACAUAGGGUCUUCGACCCCAAAGGACAAUAACAUUGAUUUAAAAAAAAAAAAACAAUAAGGUCGUUCUGGUGGCCAUGCUAUCGACUUUUGUAACUCUGAUUGCGGGAUCUAUCGCUGCCCUCUUUUCUGCCACCGCGACUGCGCGAUUCGAGACCAGCUCGAUUUCGGGCAUCACAGGUUGCUAUCAGUCCUCGGGAAGCAUGAGGCUUUUUGUGCCUUAUCUUCUUUUGUUUGCAUUAGAACUGAUGCUUAUCUCCCUCACGCUCACAUGCGCGAUACAAAAGUGGCGUACAACUGACAACAGUUUGUAUGAUGUUAUAUUGAAACACAAUACAUUAUAUUACGCAUGUGGUUUGGUCUUCUCGAUGGCGAAUGUUCUGACAUCGCUGCUCCUUGACUACGCGUAUAGCGGCAUGUUCCAAGAUUUCCAAAUCAUCGUUCACGCCAUACUCGCCACUCGGAUGCACCUCUAUUUGUGGCAUGUCAACCGCAAGAGCAAUCCUAGUAUAUUCACUUCAAUUACUCUCUCUGACCUGACACCUACGACCUAUACUGAGUCCUCCUGACUAGAUCAGCUUUCAUUCCUUGAGAGUGGGUUGGAAAGAAGGAACGAUCGCAAUUGACUAGUCCAGCAAUUUUGGACGACGAGAUUGAAUGAUCACAUGUCAUUAGUAGCAUUGAAGUCUCGUUCAUCAGGAUCGACAACAGACCGUGCUAUAAAUUAUUUCUAGAUUGUAAAUUUACUAUGUAUCAUGUGGAAUCAAUGUGGAAUGCUCCUUAACUCGGC